GAUCAAUCAAAGCCUCGAAUAAUUCUGAGGCGCGAGUGAAAAGCAAAAAUUGCCUACAACUACUGCAUCGGGUUUUUCGUCGUCGAAAUAAUUUCGUCACCCCAUCGUUAAUUUACGAUUAUUAUCAAAUUAACCAUUAACCGAACCAAAGUGAGUUCACCUCGUCUUCGACGCAUCAAUUUUUUGUUUGCUCUGACCAUACCGCGGUUGAUUUCUUCGCUGUGAAUCAUCCCAAAGAAAAGUGCAAGUGAAAUCUCUCAUCAAGCUUGGCGGAGAACGGCCGUUGUUACCCUGAAUACAAUAAAUCUUCACCAGAAGACGUCGACGACGACGACUCGUCUCGAAUUGCUGGCACGGCGCCUGAAUUACAUAUAUAAAAAUAGAGAGCACAACGGCAGAGAGACCGCGCCGAGACCCAUUAGAAAGGCACCAUGUCGAGCCAGCCGAAGAUGUCCUCCGAGAUGGGGGCCGCCGAGCAGUACGAGAUGGAGCAGCUGGCCGAAGCGGAGAGCCAACGGCUUCACAAGCUGCUCCGCAACUUGGAGAACGAACGAGCCGCCUUUCUGGACUCGAAAAACACUUCCAUGCGUAAGUUUAGAGCCAACAUGCGCACACUGGAGAAGGAGAAACAGCAACUGCAGCUGCAGUUGGACUGCGAAGAGCACGGGGUGCAUUCGAAGCGGGAAACGGAGAUGGAGUCGGUGCUGGAGUUGACGUACGAGAAGCAGGAGAAGGCGAAUCAUACGUUGAAGGCGAAGAAGGAUGGGCUGCGAGAGCUGGAAAGCCAUAUCAGGAAGAUACAUCGGGAAAUCGCCGAGAUAAGGAAGAAUGAGGUGACGGACAUAAGGUACAAUGAAACGAUUGCGAAAGCGCAGCGAUCGGUGAGGAAGCUGGAGAACAGGUUGGACGUGGUGAACAAGAAAGCCGGAGUGGCGAUGGCUGAAAACUCUCAGCUAAGACAAACUAUCGAUCACAUGCUGACGGAGAGGGCAACGUUCAACAUAAUGUGGGAGAAGUUGGUGGCGAAGCUGAACGAAGGAAAACGAUUCAUGAUGGAUCUGAUUGAUCAGGCAACUGCGGCGUACGACACGAGGGAAGAACUGUGCACCAAGUUGCAGAUACUGAAGGACAAAGGUCAGAGCGAGAAGGUGACGCACAUCCAGGAGAUGAGAGAACUGCAACGGAAGCUGGAUCACGAUGCGAAGCUGCAGGAGUUCCUCAGCAUCAAGGGCCAGCGGCGAUCGAACGCGGAACUGGAGGAACGGGAGGCGCUGAAAAAGCAGAAAAUGCUGGAGAACUUGGAGAAACAGUACGCCGAGUACGAGCAGAUCAUGUCGCGGAUCAUGACGUUCUCCGGAGAGGACGACAUCGAUCGGUUGGUGGCCAAGUUUAUCAAGAAGGAGGAGGAGAACUUUGCGCUGUUUAAUUAUGUGAAUGAGUUGAGCCACGAGGUGGAAACGUUGACGGAGAGUGUGCAGUUGCUGCAGGAUAAGAUCACUGAGCAAAUUGCAAUAAAUGAGUCGAAGGAACACUCGCAGGAUGACAACAUCGACGCUCUGCGUUUGGAGGAAGUCAACAGUAAGCAGUCGGCCGACGCUGCCUUCGAGAUCAAGCAAAUAUGGGAUGUGAAGUUGGACGAACUGUUGAGAACUGCGGAACGGAUUUAUAAACUGCUUCACUGCGAUGAAGCGCCGAUCCUGAAUCUGUUGAACAACGAACGCAAGGUUACGUUGAACAACGCCAAGCUGUUCCUGGGAAUUAUCGAACGCCGGGUGGCCAACAUCAUCAGCAAUGUCAACUAUGUGGAGCCAACAACGAAAAUUCUGGGCAAAAAGGAUCGCGUACCAAACUUUAACGUCCGGGAGUCGGCCAAGAUUCGGAUCGAUAGAGGCUAGGGCGCUACAAGUACAUUAUUUACAACUUUAUUUUUUCGUAAUGUUUUGAACAGAAUUUAUUGACAUUCGUUAGGUUGGAUUUAUCGUUAUAAGUUGUGUGUGUGGUUAUUGCGCGAAUAAUUUUCUAAUCUUUGUGAGUCCAAGUACGACCUCUAAGUAAUGUAAUAAGCUAAUAACGUUCUAUUUCGACACAGUAAUUGCAUUUCUUUUCCUACUAAAUACGUAUUGAUGUGGCACGGAAAUGAAUUAGACUUGUAUGACAAAUUCACAUAUACACUAUAUGGUACACAUAAGUUAGUAAGUCUUUAGAUAAGCGUUGUGUGAAAGUUUUAUAUCGUUAUAUACCAUUUAAUAUGAAUCUCCUAUUCAAGUUCAAAUGAAUGUGAUUGUACGGAAGCAUUGAAGUUGGUUCAAUAAACUUGAGGAUGGUAUGGACCAAGUAUAUUUUUCGACUAAGUAGAUUGGUUCAGAUGACGUUAACUACAUUUUGCAGAUCUUGUAACAAAGAGAGUUGGCAAAAAUGUGUCAACCAAUAAAUAUACUUCGAAAAAUAAAAAAAUAAAUUGCAGGGAGAUAUAAAAUGAUAUUCCCUGGGUAAAUUCAGAGUGAACCUUGAAAACUUACUAC